AUGGCGAAUCAGCCGUAUGUUAUACCUGUGAAUACGAAUGGAGCCGUGGAGAGCUCACACAGAACGGGCGUAGGCAGCGAUUCAACUACCAAUCAAGUUAAAGUGGAUGGUGCUGAUGGGCAAGUCACAUUCUUGUCUCGUGUUAUGGGAGAGCUCGAGACGGUGGCCCACAACGAAAACCACAACGACUUGUACUACUUCAAGCAAUCUAGAGAUUUGAAGACCUGUGCACAACCACACGUAGCACAACUGCGUACAUGGCUGUACGACGAAGUCAGAGUGUUCUGUGAGUCAGUGACUGACAUGAUCUUGAAUCCCGGUAGACUCAAUUUGUUCAGCGCACGAUAUCCGCCAACAGGGCGACUACUGUGUCACGACGAUCAGUUGGAAGGACGUAAAAUAGCGUUCAUCAUAUAUUUAUCACCCGCGGAUUGGUCCUCUGGCAAAGAUGAGGGGGGAACGUUGGGAGUGUAUGACAGUGUCAUUGGUGUCGACGGCAAACUGGAACCCACACCGAAUCCAAUGCAUAAGCUGCCUCCAACCUGGAAUACUCUUUCGUUCUUUGAAGUCAGCGAGAGGAGCUUUCAUCAGGUGGAGGAGGUGAUUGGCAACCGAACGCGCUAUUCUGUGGGCGGGUGGUUCCACGAACUACCGCAAGCUGAUAGGGUAAAGACCUCACCGUCAGCGAUUGCCACCAAAAGCACAACUGAUAUAGCCGACAAAGUCAGCAGUAGUCAGCUGGCAGCAGAUCAAAUCAAUAUAACAGGCGACACCAUCAGGAGCACAACUGAUAUAGCCGACAAAGUCAGCAGUAGUCAACUGGCAGCAGAUCAAAUCAAUAUAACAGACGACACCAUCAGGAGAGCAGUAGAACGGCCAGGCAGUGAGAGCGAACAGUGCUUGGAGGACUGGAUCAACGAAGUGUAUUUAAGGAAACCGAUUCAGGCUAACAUACAGGACAAGUUUGCCGACGAUUCGAGUAUUCAGCUGAAGGAUUUUCUUGUCCCUAUCAAGUUUAAAGAAUUAGACGAGGCUUUAACGGGCAACGGCAUGGCUUGGCACACCGAUAUCACACCACUGAAGGCGAAAUACGCAACACUCUGCGGUGGGAGGCCUUCGGGUGUUAUACAUGACGUACAGAGCUUGUUGUCGUCCAAAGCUUUCUUGGAAUUGGUUAAUACGCUCUCCGGCCUGGACACCACAAGCGUAACAACGAGGAUACGAAAAUUUGCUCACGGCGACUACACAAUGCUUCCCCACGGUGACACACACAAGGAUUGCGAGUGUUUAGAAGUGUCACUUGCGGUUUGUAGGACUCAGUGGAAGGAGUCGUGGGGUGGGAUUCGAACAUAUCUCGUGGAAGGCGAGGAGGUCAUAUCCAUCGCACCUGAAGCAAAUACUUUGUCCAUCGUGUUCCGUUCCGCCGACACUGAUCGAUUUGUACGAUAUAUAACUCAUACCGCGGACGAUGCGAGCUACGUAGACAUAGAAGCAAUAUGCACUGAGUAAAAAGGACAUCUUUGGGGUUGUGCUCUGCAGUGGCUGUAGACAAUUAAUAACAUCGAAAAGCAAGUCCGCUGUCCUAUUACAGUUUACGAUGCACCCAAAUGGCGAUCGACAGUGUAAAGAUAGCUCAUAUACAUAUCCACGCUCCCGUAUAUUUCUCAUCACUUUAUCUUGAUCAAGAGGGGAGUUCGACAGCCCCUGAUUUCUCCUCCUGGCAGUAUAUAGUAUACCGCAUGAG